GAUAGAUAGAAAGACGGAUAAGCUAUACAUAUACAGACAUACCGUACAAUGCUAGAUGGUAAUAGAUAGACAGAUAUAUAAUAAGUCUUCUAUACCUUUCCUAACUGAUUGAUUAGUUUAUUUGUCGUAACUCAAAGAAUGCUUGCCUCACACUGGAGUAGAAGAAGUAUUAUUAGUAGUAAUAGAACACAAACAUCAAAGGUAACAAGAACAACAAUUAAACCAACACCCACAAACCACAAAGACGGGAGUGGCGGAGACGAGUGAGCGAAAACCAGAGAGAGAGAGAGAGAGAGAGACCCCCAGCCAGCCACCAGCGACCAGCCAGCCAGUCCCUCCCUCCCUCAAACACAUGCUCCGCCCUCACUCCCUCAGUAACUUCCUCUCUUUCCUGAGGGUGGGGUCAAUUCUUCGUUUCUCUGCCAUUUCUAACUCGGCUUCGCUUUAUCUGACUCUCCUGAAGUGUUGCAGUGUUGCGGUGCCGUGGCUGGCGGUGCAGAGUGGCUGGCAGAAGGCUAUGGCUGACACACGCCAGACGCCCCGGCCCGCCAUGAGCCGCUCGUAAGCUGCCCCCUCAUGCUGGCUGCUGCUGAGUAUCCCUCCAUCCGCCCCGCCAUGUGGAGGGGGUGGCGGGGCCCUGCGACCACUCCCUCCCGGUGCUACCUGCCGCAGUCCUGGCCCGUGUACCGCCUGCAGCGCCUCGUCAGCCUGGCCGUGUGUGUCCUGGCGGUGCUGCUGCUCUGCCUCGUGGCCUUUGUGCUGCUGCAGGCGGCCCCGCGUCCCCCAGGACAGCUGGGCCGCGACGAGAGGACAGCAGAAGACGAGGGGCAGCUGUUCAGGAUGGACGACAGCUACAACAGCGACAGUGCCUUGGACGAAUACGAGGACGAGGAGGACGAUGAGGAGCUGGUGAUGAGCGAGGACUACGAGGAGGACGAGGAGUACGAGUACAAUCCGGAGUUUGACAUGAGUUACUUUGACUUCUCCAUCAAAGACGACGGUGCAGGUGGCGGGGCGGGAGCGCAGGUGCAGGAGAGCAGGCGCCAGGAACAGGAGGCUACAACCUUCAGGACACCGGUGAUGCGGGCGUCGUGGGCUCAGCUGCCGCUACCGCCGCUCCGCCUGGUGGGUCGCGAAGGCCUGGAGGUGGUGCGGGACGGGGUGAUGUUCUCGCCGGACGUGGAAGCAAAGCUGAAGGAUCCCGGCAUGAGUGACGAGGACGUGGGGCGCCUCCUGUGGCAGCUCAGGUCCCGGAAAGUGACGGAGCUGCGGGACCCGAGCUGGGAGCGCUGCGGCCGCCCGAAGAACCAGUGGGUGAGGUUCUCCGGCAGCGUGGCGGCGUGCGCCCGGUACAGGUACCCUGAUGACCACCUGCUGCUUGGAGAAGUGCUCAGUUUCUACCUGGCGCGGCUUCUGCAGAUCAGCCGAGUGCCUCCCGCCACCCUCGCCCGGCCAGAUCAUCCCCGCUGGACCGCCGCGGCGCCACAGAUGGAGCGUGCGGGCUGGGGUGCCGCUCCGGUGGUGGUCCUCACCCCGUGGCUGCCUGACCUGGUGCGGGACUACAUGCCAGCCAGCCUGCACCACGCCCUCGCCACUAACACAACGCUGGGGAUGGCUACUGAGGACACCUGGGGCACUGACGGAGGCGCUGGAGAACGCUCACAUCACCCACAACUAAGGGACGUGUCGGAGAGCGAGCUGGUGCGUCUUCUGCAGUGGAGUGACCUGCUGCUGUUUGACUUCCUGACGGCGAACUAUGACCGGGUUGCUUACAUGCUGGACGCCGCGGAAGGAGAAGGGCGGCCCGAUGUGUUGGUGGGAACUGUGCAUAAUCUGGUACUAAACAGAGCCACAGGUGGACUUUGGCUGCUGGACAACGAGUCAGGGCUGGUGGAUGGGUACUCUGUCCUUUACGGCAAUGGAGACCCGACGCAGGCCACACGGUUCGCCUCCUUCCACCGAAAACUCCUCCGCUCUAUGUGUCUCUUCAGAAGGACCACGAUAGGAGCAGUUCUGGGACUCUCCGCGCAUCCUAAACCACAUGAGCUGCUGGUGGAGUGCGAGGACAAUGAGCCGCUUCUGUACCUCCUCCCUGAUCCCCUCCGCCACCAACCCUUCCUCAGCCGCCUCUCAGAUCGCCUGCAGGAGGUACGGGCGUGGGUGGCGGAGUGUGCGCGGAAAGCUGUAGCGGCGGGUGUGAGUGUUAGAAAGCGUGGGAAUUAAGUAAGGUAGAAUGGACUAUACAUUGAAGGAUUCCUGCGUUCCACCUUCUGCACUACGUUCACUAGGGGUCUAGAAGUGAGGCGGGUUUUUUAAAGGGUGCUUUUUACUUGUCUAGUGACCGAUUAACACGAUUUUUACGGUGUUGAUAUGAUAAAACUGUCUUCAGAACUUGUCUUUUUAUCGCUGUGGCCUUUGAAAAUGUCAUGGUGAGAGAGCUAAGCUUUUCAGAAUUCGCGUCUGGUGGUGGUUGUAAAUAUUGUUAUUGUUAUAUUUUUUCUACCUUUUGUAAACUGUUGAGACGACUAAAGAAAAAGCUGCUUAUUGAAUGCUUUGGUGAAUAAUACACCUCAUCAAGUGAUA